CAGUUGUUUACCGGUGUCCGUACGAUUUUUAUAUUCGAUCAAAAUUAGUUUCAUCUGGCACGUUUGGUGAACAGUGAUUUAAAAAGGUAUCAUCUAUUCGCAAGAUGACGCCAUGGUUGAUGGCAAUUUUCUGUCUGGCAACCGCGGGCUGCUCAAACGUUACGGAUCAGCAAACAUCAGAGACACAUCACGAUCAACAAGUAGCGAUCUUGAAACAGAUCAGGAAAGUAAAUGAAGACGGUUCCUACACGUAUGGCUACGAGGCGGGUGACGGAUCCUUCAAGGUCGAGAGUCGCGACGUGCUAGGCAACAUCAAGGGUACAUUCGGUUUCGUGGACGCGGACGGCGAAAUAAAGAGGGUGUCGUACUCCUCUUCUAAUGGGACGGGAUUUAAAGCAACCACCGUGUCGCCAUUGCAGGAACACGUGUCCGUCGUGCAGAGCAUACCUCGCCUUAAUCGAACCACCAUCGUCAAGAAACAAACCACCGUCCAAGAUUCGUCCAGUGAAUCACCGACGAGAUUAUCCGUAGUCCAAUCGAUACCACGAAAUAGAAACAGGAAGAAGACGACGACCACGACUACAACGACAACCACCACAUCAACCACUACCGAACAACCCGAAGGAACGACAGGAAAAGGUAGAAUACGUUUCGUGAUCAAUGGCCAGCAAAGACCAUUGGUGGCCGAUGAUGAAGUAGCAGAGGACGAAGACUCGCAAAUAAACAGACCGAGUACCGAAGACAAAACUGCCACCUACAGGAGGAUCAUCUUCGCCAAAAGACCAGUUGACCAAACUCUGAGACCAAUCUCUGAUGAUUUUGUAGAGAAGGAUGACACUAGCAAGGUGACAACUGGAAACGCUUUAAGGAGACAGCUUCACGAAGACACCACAAAAUCAAAUCCCAUAGUCGAAGGCAGUAGCGACGAUCAUUCAGACGUCUAUGGUGGCUCCUUAUCCACGACUCGUCCUCUGUUCACCACGACCACACCACCCAGGGUUCUCCAACGCGUCUCAGGUAACCGGGUGGAGAAACCUAAAGUAUACGUGAAUAGAGAGAAUCUAGGACCACCUAGGUUCGAAAACGUCAAGUACGACAACUCGAGAGUGUACGAGGCAGAGACAAAAGCACCUCAAGAGGAAAGGUCUCAAUCUCAACCUGUGUUAAUUCGAGGACCUUCGAUACUCCCUGAAAAUCGGGAGUACGUUAGACAAGGUGGCGAGUCAGUGUUCGUUAGACCUCAACCGGAACAGUUUCUUCGCGAGCUACCAGGAGGAAGGAUCUUGGUUCCCUCUCCACAGAAUAACAUCGAGGAGGACCCAGCUUACAGACCUGUUCCUCUUAACAGAAUCUUGCUGCGUCCUCUGCCGAGUCAGCAGCCCCUGUAUUCGACAACUACGGAUGCAAAUAUUCAUUACCUGACGGAGAAUCCUCUUCCGGAGCAAGAGGAGAAUGCUAGAGUCUCCAUGGCACAGGGUUACGUACGUCCAAGACCGUUUCUGCGACCGAUGAUCUAUCAGGAAGCUGAACCUAGACCCAGGCCUGUUCUGAGACCGGUCUCUCCUGCGGUUACUCAUGCCGUGGAUGACAGAGAGUAUCAAACGACUUCGGAGUAUCCUUACAGAGGCAGCACCAUUGCUCUGCCUCCGGAACCACCUAAUCCAAUUGCUCCUCCUCUGAGUCGUCGUGAUUUUCAAUUACUGUUGAGGAGGUUACUCGUGAGUCAAUACGGUGUCCAGGCCCUGUCCUAUCCGAAGAGCUACCUUGAAGAUGCUUUGUACGAUCAGCAACCGUAUCCUUCUUAUCAGCCUGCUUAUCAGACCACCGGGCCGAGACCAGAGAUCGGAUACGAUCAACAGGUGUCUCUUCAGUACGGCGAUCGUGUACCUUUAAGGCGACCCGUGUAUACCAGAGCACUGAAUCCUACGGUGUAUCAGCCGCAACAGUACGAUGACUAUAACGAUGGAAGAUACACGAAGAGAGUUUAUAGACAGAAAUUCUACGCGCCAGAGGUGACCGAUGAUGGUGAUGAGAUUUUGCCAGCUCCAAUUAGAGAGGCUCUUUUGUUGAGGAUGCUGCAACUGGCUAUCAAUGCUGAACGACCACCCAUGGUUCCUACCACGAUGUUGACCACGACGCCAGCUUCGAGGUACAGGAAGACUGGACCCGUUAGGAGUGUGCAGAUUAUCGGCGACGACGAGGAGGAGGAGAAAGAGAUGAUGAAGAAGAAGAUGUAAGAGGUAGAUUUUUAGAGGAAUUCCUUUUUUCGAAAUUUUAUCCAUUCGCAGAGUUUAUUUUUCUAUGUGUUGAUGGAAAUGCUGGGAGGUGUUUAGUAAUGACGUAAUUAACAGCUUUAGGUGAAAUUCAACCUAAUUAUAAUUAUUCAGAUUGGAUCGUUUCAUUUUGUAAUCUGAAAUUUGAAUUUGCUACCUUAUGAAAUUAAUAUGAUAUUACUUAGAGUUUUCUAAGUUUAAUUUAAGGCUGUAAGAUUUAGCCCAAUAACUUCAGAAUAUACUAUUUAUUAGUUAUUAAUUCAUCAAAUUAUGAUAUUGACAAUAUACUCCUAACAGAUUAUUUCUGUAGUUGUCAAUUUUAGAGAUGAAAUCAUAUUUAAAAUAUUGCACUUUUCUUUAGAAAAUCAUCGUUUAAUUUCUUCUUUAAUUUAACCCUUUCGUGUGCUUCUAUAUUAAAUUGUUCAACUUGAUGCAUAAUGAAAUAACUUUAUUUGCAAUAUGAUAUAUUUUACACUUAAUUCUCAUUUUUUAAUUUUCAUGUUUUGAAGUGUACAAACUUUGUAUAUCAUCCAUAGUAGCGAAAGGGUUAAAAUUCUUCAAUAUUUAUUCUAAUUUGUUUACCUACUAGAUACAUAAGACCAACGAAAAUAUUUUUGUAUUACCUAACUAAAGUGACACUUCGAAGACGUUUCUUUGCAGUGGAACCAAUUUAGGCAAACAAAAGGGGAAGAAUCACAGUAUUAAUUAUAACGACUGUACCACAAUUACAUAGAGAUCAUCGUCUCGUUUUAAUGAGAAGCUUCGCGUAAAGGACCGUGAGAAUAAAGGAAAAAGUAACGUCGAUAGACAAUCGCAACGACACAGUUUUCACGGAACAGACUAGAAUCGGCAGCGAAACGAAUCGGCUUCUCAGAAAGGGAAAUGUCCCGUGCGUUCGUUCGACGAUUUUCCGCACGACAACUUUCAAGUAUCUCGCAACGUUUGUUUUUUUUUUUUUGCUUUCAAGUUGGAUCGUCGCUGACUCCGGAAUCGCUUCAACCGCGAAUGCAAUUAAACGAACGUAUAUAUGGUCACAUCGAGUCUUGCAUACGGUUGCACUAAUAACGUUUAUCCGGUUUCACACUGUGUCACUUUAGAUCAUAGCAUAGAGCAUCCAAAGAUGAGCCCGUAGAAUUAGCAAUAGAGCACUGAGCAAAAGGUAUCUUAAUUUAGAACGAACAUGACUGGGUAGGUUCAAUAUUAUUAUAUUGAAAAAAAAAAUAAUAUAGAAUUUCUAGAACAUCGAAUUUCUAAUCGAAUAUCUAUAGAAUUUCUAAAUAAGGCUAUAGAAUGGAUUUUUUGAUGAACCAUGCUUUUUUAAACGACAGCCAAGAUAUUUUCUUUAUGGAAAGUGCAUCGUAAUUUCCUCAUAAUAUGUUGCAGUUUUGUUCGCACAAUUCCUGAACAAACAUUAUGUUACUGCUUAUAAGUAAGAAAUGCUUUUAUGCUUUCUGAUUGUCUUAAUAAUUCUACUUCUCGUUUGAGAAUGAGAAUGUUCUACUUCUUUUCCACUGGUUUCAUUAUAAUAGCAUUUUAACAAUACCUCACUAUGUAUCUUGUGAAUUUCAAAAGUUCUAUAUUUCAUUGUCUUCUUAAAUUAUCUCAGUAUCGUUGUAUCAAAUUUUAGUCUGCUAAGUUUAUGAUUAAAACAAUAAAAUUUAGGUUUUUUAUUUUAAGUGGCAGGAAUUAUCGAAAUCUUCUAAAUGUAUAUUGACGUUUAUUAAAAUAAGGAAUGAUUGCAUACGCUGAUUUAUUUUCAAUUUUAUGGCACACGUCUAAUACUGAUGAUGACUAGACGAUGAAAAAGAUUCUUUCAAGCUUGUAAAUAAUCCUCUGCAGUAAUAUGUCAGAUAUAAAUGAAUAUACCUGAGAUUAUUAAUGAAAGUGAUUAAUGAAGCCUAUUAAUAAAUUAUUAAUUUUAUAUUCAUUAAGAAGUGCAUAAUAGAGAGCCAAUAAUCCUUGAUAAAGUGAACGAUUCUUAUCGAAAAAUUAAAAAACAUUCAAUCAUCGAUGAAUAAUUGUUAUCGAUGAUUACGUUGAACGUAUCGAGCCACCCGUCAACGUCGUCCUUUAGCCUUCGUUCCAUUGUAAAUAUAAUAUAUUGUUAUAUAAAGUAAAUGUAAUAUACAUAUCGAAAUAAAACGAGAUAGAUGAUAGAUAAA